AUGACUGAAACCAACGAGCUUGAUAAGGCCUGUUUCAGACGGUCACCCCAUACGGUUAUCACGGCAACCUCAAAAAAGCCUCUCUGGAUUUCUCCUACCAACAAAACCGGAAGAGGCGAUUCAGUUGACAGUUGCUUGCCGGCUCGUAGUAACCAAUCGAACAAACCAAUCAAGGCGAUGGAUCAAGGGGCAACCUCCUCAAGCAGACUAAAGGUACGCAGACUUGCCGCUAAGCUGGCGACAAGCCGCGCCUGCAACAGAUAG